AUGGAGGAUCAAAAAGCACGUGCGACACUACCGCAGCACGCUCAUGUCGUCGAAGGUGCGGAAUUUCUGCAUCUACGCCGAGCACACAGGCUACGAGUGCUUGAUACCUGCUGCAUCGACAAGAGUAGCAGUGCCGAGCUCUCCGAGGCCAUCAACUCGAUGUUCUACUGGUAUCGGGACGCCGACGUCUGCCACGUCUACCUUUUCGACGUCGACGACGACGAUCCGCAGAUGCCCUCAUCCACUUUCAGAAGCAGUCGGUGGCACACGCGAGGCUGGACUCUUCAGGAGCUGAUUGCCCCGCGUUACGUUAUCUUCCUUUCGAAGUCGUGGCACACCAUCGGCACCAAGGUCUCUUUGGCGAACGUACUCACGGAGAUUACUGGGAUUGAUCUCGACGUUCUGUUGCAACGUGCCCCCGACUGCCUCCACGCACGGACUAGCAUAGCACGGCGCAUGUCUUGGGCGUCGAAACGCGAAACUACGCGCAUCGAGGACAGGGCGUAUUCUCUUCUCGGGUUAUUUGGAAUCUCUAUGCUUAUCAUUUAUGGCGAGGGCUCAGAUGCUUUCCAGAGACUGCAGAAGGAGAUCCUGAAGCGUGAGAAGGACCAGAGUAUAUUCGCUUGG